AUGCUGCCGUCGCCGCUCCAGGACCCUCCGACGACCAGAUCUGGUAGACGACGUCGGCGUCGAGGUAGACGCCGCCCCAGCUUGGCGACGCUGACGCCACAGGGCCCCCGAUCCAGAUCCAGGUAUCAGGAUGGCUUAACUUUCUUGGACGGAUUUCUUGGACGCGGAUCUGCUUGCUCUGCUGCGUGCUGCUGCUUCCGAGGCUUUUCGUCAUUCAUUUGCAGAAAGGAGGGAGGGAAGGAGAAGGCCCCGGCCAAGUCCGGAGGUGGAAGAAGAAGAAAGUGGAGCAAGGGCAAGCAGAAGGAGAAGGUCAACACCGUGCUCUUCGACCAGGCCACCACCUACGACAAGCUGCUCUCCGAGGUGACAGUGAGGGUAGUGCUGCACGGCAGCAGAGCAGCGGCGGUGAGGGGAAUGCCUCAAUGCAUGGUAAACGAGCACUUUGUGCAGAAUUUAUUCUGUAAAACUGAACUUUGUGCAGAAUUAUGGAAGGAAGAAAAGAUAAAAGAAUGGCAUAUCAGAGCAACCAGUAAGCAAGCACGAUUGGAGGCAGCAAUUAAAACAAGAGAAUGGAGUAAUAUUGCCCAGAACGGCAGGUGUUCAUACUCAAUGCUUCGAUGAAAUGAAGCUGUCAUUUAGAUUGCCUUCAGUUACAGAUGCCAUUAUUUCCUAAACAAGAAGUGUAACAAAUGUAAUUUGGUCUCGCCUUGAGAAUUUUAAGGUAUGCUUUGUUUUCGGAUGUAGGCAUGAUCUAUAUGCAAUAUUGCCACAAAGCUAUGACAGAAAUGUUGCCACCUA